GUGGCGGCUUCCCGCACAGGGCGAUGAAGGCGCUGAUCCUGGUGGGCGGCUACGGCACCCGGCUGCGGCCGUUGACGCUCAGCACCCCGAAGCCGCUGGUGGAGUUCUGUAACAAGCCCAUACUGCUGCACCAGCUGGAGGCUCUGCGCCAGGCGGGCGUCGAUCACGUGAUCCUGGCUGUCAGCUACAUGUCGGGGGUGCUGGAGGGAGCGAUGCGGGAGCAGGAGCAGCGGCUGGGCAUUCGCAUCUCCCUGUCCCAUGAGAAGGAGCCACUGGGCACAGCGGGGCCCCUGGCGCUGGCCCGGGAGCUGCUGACUGAGAGCUCGGAGCCUUUCUUCGUCCUUAAUAGUGACGUGAUCUGCGACUUCCCCUUCACAGACAUGGUGCGCUUCCACAAGCACCACGGCAAGGAGGGCUCCAUCGUGGUGACAAAGGUGGAGGAGCCCUCCAAGUACGGGGUGGUGGUGUGCGAAGCUGAGACGGGACGCAUCCACCGGUUCGUGGAGAAACCCCAGGUGUUUGUCUCAAAUAAGAUAAAUGCCGGCAUGUACAUCUUCAACCCCAGCCUCCUGCACAGGAUCCAGCUGCGGCCCACCUCCAUAGAGAAGGAGAUCUUUCCGGUGAUGGCUCAGGAUGCGGAGCUCUAUGCCAUGGAGCUGCAGGGCUUCUGGAUGGACAUUGGGCAGCCCAAGGACUUUCUGACGGGCAUGUGCAUGUUCCUGCAGUCGCUGAGGGUCCAGCACCCAGAGAGGCUGCACACGGGCCCUGGCUUUGUGGGGAACGUGCUGGUGGACCCAAGUGCUCAGAUCGGUGAGAACUGCACGAUUGGCCCCAAUGUCACCAUUGGGGCUGGGGUGGUGGUGGAGGAUGGGGUACGGAUCAAGCGCUGCACCAUCCUGAAAGGCUCCCGUAUCUGCUCCCACUCCUGGCUAGAGUCCUGCAUUGUUGGCUGGCUGUCGUCUGUUGGCCAGUGGGUGCGGAUGGAGAACGUGACAGUGUUGGGCGAGGAUGUCAUCGUCAAUGACGAGCUCUAUCUCAACGGGGCCAACGUGCUGCCACACAAGUCCAUUGCCGAGUCGGUGCCAGAGCCUCGCAUCAUCAUGUAGCUGCUGGGCCAGGCCAGCUCCCCUGCUACUGAACUGUUAACACUUUGUUUCCU